GUGUGUGUGUGUGUGUGUGUGUGUGUGUGUGUGUGUGUGUGUGUGUGUGUGUGUGUGUGUGUGUGUGGCAGCGCAUACGCAGUCGUGAUACCAAAUAGGGUUGUGUGGAAGAAGAAGAAGCAGAGCAGAACGAUGGGAGGCGGGGUUUGUAGGCACUAGUUCCGGAUCACGUGCGAGAUGAACGACCGGGGCGACUGUGUGCUCACUGCCUUCACUUGUAAUUUGAGAUAGCGCGACGCAUCUCAGAAGCUCCCUGCCUUCACUUGGAAGCCAUGGCCCGAGCCUUUUUGCGUUUCCUUCGACUACUAUAUGACUCUUGUGCGAUCCACGACCACUUGAGCAGCUCUACUCCAAGUCAACAUCUGCCACCAGCCCCAUUUCACAUACCAUGUCUGCAGACCAGCGCUGGACGAAAGAUGAGCUCCGCCGCCAUAUCGACCAGCUCCACGGCCACGCCCAGAUCCAGCUUACGGAGCGGAGUGACCAAAAUACCCGCAUUCGUGCCCUCGAGCUCGACAACCAGCGUCUCCGAGAGGCCUUGACCCAGCAUGGCGUGACCCCACCGCAGCCCAUCAUCCCAGACACGUUCGGGUUCCCAACUCCCGUCACGACCGUCAACAACACGAUCAACAAUAUCACAUUCGCGGUCUCCGACCUAGGCACUUCAGGGAACAAUGCAGCCUCAUCCCAGACGACAAACACCGCCCAAGUUCAGCCCCAGUAUGUUGAGCAUAGUCCAAAUGUUACCACACCUCUAGCAAUGUCCCGCCAACCUCCCUCAGUGGCCUUGCCACAAUGGCGCACUCCGUGCCGGCGCGAGCAACUCGAAGGCCGAUGCCGUGAGCGCAACAACUGCGGCUUCGCGCACGACGACCAACGCGCGACGCAGGGCAUGACACGCAUCAAUGCUCUCCCCAAGCACUCCUCCAAGACCUACAAGCAGAAGUAGCACAGUCUCUUUAAGAUACGUGUACAUCGACAGCUUGAGUCCUCCAUUGCUGAUCCUGGUGUAACACAGGCUCCUUUCGAUAACAUGGAUCAGCAUUGUGCUCAGGCGUUGUGGCGACGGAAGGCUUCUCUUUAAACAUCAUGGCAUCGUGGAUGGUAGUCCGGCAAAGGCAUUGGCGUUAAAGCAUGCGAUCAACGCUUGAAAGACUUAUCGUGGUUCGAGUUGCAUUGCAGAUAGGGGUUUGGGUCCCUCUUCGUUGGACGUUGGGAUGACAUUUGCGCUAAUGAUUUAAGCUCACAUAGGCGAAGCUUACCGGUAGUUCUCAUCACGGUUGCACGAGGAAAUACACC